CAUAAACAACAAAUAAACCCCAGGAUUUCAGUGGCCUUUUCGCUGAAGCCCGUGCCUAUAAAUAUUAUAUAAGUUUAAUUUUGAAUAGAGGCUGUCCAUUUUCUCUCUCCUUCUCUCUUUCUCCAAUGGCUGAUGUUUUUAGAUUGUCUUCUUCUCUGUUAACCUCCUUUUCCUCGUCUUUGAGUUUUCUCCAACCGGGUCUUGCUCCCACUCAAAAACUAGACAAGAGGAUUUAUUCUGUUGCAAAUUGGGACGUUGCUCGCCUUGCUUUCAGGCCCAGGAAGAGGCUGCCUUCCUUCAAGGUAAAUGCAAGAGUUGCUGAAACUGAGCAGCCAAAAUGGUGGGAAAAAAAUGCGGGACCAAAUAUGAUUGACAUUCAUUCUACACAAGAAUUUUUGGGUGCUUUGAGUCAGGCUGGAGAUAAACUGGUUAUUGUUGAAUUUUACGGAACUUGGUGUGCUUCUUGCCGGGCAUUAUUUCCCAAGCUCUGCAGGACUGCCGAAGAACAUCCUGAAAUCUUAUUUCUAAAAGUCAAUUUUGAUGAGAAUAAGCCAAUGUGCAAAAACUUGAAUGUAAAGGUGCUUCCUUACUUCCACUUCUACCGUGGAGCCGAUGGGCAGCUGGAAUCCUUUUCAUGUUCACUUGCUAAGUUUCAGAAAAUAAAGGAUGCCAUCCGAACACACAACACAGCUCGGUGCAGCAUCGGUCCACCAAAGGGAGUUGGAGACCUCAGCCUGGAAUCCCUCUAAGCUCCAAAAGACAAACCAAAAGAGUCUUCUUCAACACAGGACACUCUCAAUUCAGUUAUUUAUCUACCAAUGUGUAUUCCCAUGUUCGGUGCCCUUCUAACAAACCCUUAUGGGAGCUAUUUACUCUUAUCCUGUAAAUCUCUAUCUCUUUCUGAUACAACACUAAGCACAAGCUACAGCAUUCUUUUGCCA